AUGCACCAGCAGCAACAGCAGAAGCAGCAGCAGCAACUGCAGCAGCAGCAGCAGCAGCAGCAGCAAAAGCAAGAGCAGCAGAAAGCUAGAGAGAAGUGCAGCAGAUAUAGCAGCAGCAGGAGACACACAGACACCCCUCUCAAUGAAACCCCACACUGCUGCAGCAGCAGCAGCAGCAGCAGGAGCAGCAACAAAAGCAAAAGCAGCAACAGCAGCAGCAACAGAAGCAGCAGCAGCAGCAACAGCAGCAGCAACACAAAAGUCAAGCAGCAGCAAAGGGAAAAGAACAGCAGCAACCUGAACACCAGCAGCAGCAGAAGCAGCAGGAGGAGGACACCGACGAGACCAUCAACCCCACCGGCAGCAGCAGCAGCAGCAACAGCAGCAACAGCAGCAGCAACAGCAGCAGCAACAGCAGCAGCAACAGCAGCAGCAACAGCAGCAGCAGCAGCAGCAGCAGCAGCAAAUACCUGA